CCGAUACGCCUCGCAUUCAACAUUUCAACUCCCCAACCAUCCUUCACUCUUCCCGUGCUCUUCCUUUUCUCCUUUCUCUCUCUACAAAAUUGCUCUAUUUUUGAUUUUUUUUGUCUUCUGAAUUUGAAGAUUCCAAGUUAACAAUUGAACACUUUGCGGUUUUUUUUAAAUUCUAUCUAAUGAGAUAUUAACUGAAAAAGUGCCAAAAAAGGAGGGAGAUGAGAAACGGCCGAACUGUGUGCUCGUCGGAAUCGGUGAACGGCGGCCAGGAUGUCUAUAGCUGUAAAGAGUCCGGUGCUUCGUCUCCGGAUCAUCUUGUUGUCAUGGUCCACGGUAUUCUCGGAAGUACCACAGAUUGGAAGUUCGCGGCAGAACAAUUCGUCAUGGCACUCCCUGACAAAGUUUUUGUUCAUUGUAGUGCUAGUAACAUGGCUAUCCUAACAUUGGAUGGUGUUGAUGUUAUGGGUGAGAGAUUGGCAGAAGAGGUCCUUGAAUUAAUAAAAGAAAAGCCUGGUUUACGGAAGAUUUCUUUUAUUGCACAUUCUGUUGGAGGACUUGUAGCAAGGUAUACCAUUGGCAGACUAUAUAGAUCCACAAGAAGGCAAAAUACAGAGGAGUUAUCUACUGAUACCCCUGAAGAAGUGUCAAAGGGCACCAUUGCUGGUUUGGAACCAAUGAAUUUUAUCACUGUUGCCACACCUCAUCUUGGAUCAAGGGGCAACAAGCAGGUGCCAUUUCUUUUCGGAGUUACUGCCUUUGAGAAAGUUGCAGGCCAUGUGAUUCAUUUGAUAUUCAGGAGAACAGGCAGACACCUUUUCCUAAGGGAUGAUGAUGAAGGGAAGCCUCCAUUACUUAGACGCAUGGUGGAAGAUGAUGGUGAAUUGCUUUUCAUGUCUGCCUUGCGUUCAUUCAAGCGCCGAGUGACUUAUUCGAAUGUUGCUUAUGACCAUAUUGUUGGCUGGAGAACAUCAUGCAUAAGAAGAAAUAACGAACUGCCUAAGUGGGAAGAAUCCUUGAACAAGAAAUAUCCCCACAUUGUGUAUGAAGAGCGGUGCAAGGCAUGUGAUGGUGAGCAGGGUGAGUCUAUUGUUAUGGAAGAUGAUUGUCAAGACAAGCUGGAAGAGGAACUGGUGACAUUUUUAUCUCGUGUGCCAUGGGAGAAAGUAGAUGUCAGCUUCCAUACAAGCAGAAUGAAAUUCGCUGCUCAUAGUAUUAUCCAGGUCAAAGUCCAGAGUGUGCAUUCAGAGGGCGCAGACGUUAUACAACAUAUGAUUGAUCACUUUCUUCUAUAGAACAGCAAUUUUUUAGUAAGCUACUAUGUGCAUCAGCAGCCUCACCACUUUUUAUUAACAGCCUUUUGUCUUCAAGGCUUACCGCUUACCUGAUGUCAUAUGCUGAUAAUCAACGUGUAUCAAAGGCUGCAGGUUGAAAGGUCAGUUCUCAUGAUGCUAUCAUUUAGUAAGCUACAAACGAAGCAACCUAUGUGAGAUCUAAUUUAUUGUUGAUGUGCUGCAGUGUAUAAUAUUACACUUUGGUCCAACUAAUAAAACAGAAUUACAAUUGUAUUCCACUAUUCCGUAUUUAAUGUUCACACAAUAUUUGUAUUCCCCCAAUCCCCUACCCCCCAGAAUAUAUCUUCUUUAUAAACCAUUUAAUUUUUUUUAAA